CAGUUAGGGCAACAGUUUGUUGAGGUCACAGUAGGUCAAGAGCCAGUGAGAACAGCCCAUAGCAAGCAAGAAGCUAGAGAUGCAUUUUAUGCCCAUAAGGAAACUGCAUGGCAGAGGGUCAUGUUUGCAUAUUAUGAGGAGGGCUGGGAGGCUACUCUGAAGGAGAUUAUGGACAGUAGAACUGAUGGCCGUAUACUACAGGCAGCUUCGAGAAUUGCUUCGUUUACCUUGAAGCUUUUAAAAGUUGUAAGCAAAGUUCAAGAACUCUUCCCAUCUCCAAAGAGAAGCAUAAGCUCAGCAAUGUCUCUUGCUCAUGGUGCUGGAGGCAGUGUUGUAAGUGUUGCCUGGCAUCCUCACACAUGCACUUUGGCUGCUGUGUUUUGUGAUGACACAGUAAGAGUCUUUUCUGCAUCUUACAGUAUUACACCCCUCCUUAAACAUCGCUUACAGAAGUCGGUGACACAAAUAGCAUGGAUGCCAUAUUCUGCUUCUCAAUUAGCUGUAGGAUGUGAAGGUGGUAUUUUACUUUGGACCCUUGAUCCAGUCAACGUAGUAACACGUCCAUCAGGUUCAUGUGUGAUGCUCCUUUCUCAUCCAAGCACGACUCCAGUUAAUGCUUUAUCCUGGCAUCCAAAGGGUAACUUACUUGCUUGUGUUGGAGACAGCAGCAGUGUGCUAUUAGUGUGGGAUGUUGGUAGAGAGGUUUCAGAAGUAGCUCAUUGUGGAAGACAGGAUAGCAUCUCAAUUGUAUUAUGGUCUCCUGAUGGUUCACGAGUUUUUGUUGGUUACACGUCCAAAACAAUGAGAGUUUUUGAAACUCAGAAUUGGAGUUAUGAAUGGUGGAGUCUGGAUUCACCGGUCCAGUCGGCAGUGUGGUCAGCUAAUGGCCAUGUGCUCUUGUUUGUGACGCAGGAAGAACCAGUUUUAUUCUGCAUUGGGUUUAUUGAUGGAGAAGGUGUUGGUGGAGCAAAAGUUGCAGCUCAGGUGGCAGAUUUUACUAUGAAAGAAGUUACCGUUGACCCUUCUGAAAAUGUCAUUGUUGGUGGAGCUGUUCGUCAGCUAGCCUGGGAUCCUCGGAGUGAACGCCUUGCGGUUAUAUUCAGGCAAACCGAGUUCAUCGCCCUUUUCCAUACAAGUUUUCAGCCUUCUCUUCAUCUUGCACCAGGGGGUUUUGUCAGAGGAGAGAUGGGCCAAGUUCCUGUGACAGCUAGCUUUAGACAAAAUUUGUCUUCUGGAGCAGUUCUUUCUGUAGUAUGGAGUAGUGGCCAGGUACAACACAUUCCCAUGCGAUAUGCAGCUCUUGGGGUGGUUCGACCAGCCAACAUUGCUCCUAGCAGUAUACUUAGUCCACACAUAAAUCCAAACUUGUCCUUGAACACAAGUUUGGCGGCCAAUGCCUCUCUAGUUCAUCGUGUUCCUUCCCUCCCGACAUCACCUCUAGUCGCUGGACUUUUUACCUCUCCAUAAGAGAUUCACGUUCACGUCGCCAGGAUUUUAUGGUAACAGAUUUAUUUUUUAUUUUAUAUGCUCAACUGCCGUGUAUUUUGUAUAUUGAAUAAUAUACUGUACUCUUCAUUUAUUUCAUAGUUUUCAAAUAUAUGCUGUAAACAUU